UGUGUGUUGUUUAUAAUUAUUUUCGGUACGCAUGUGUAUUUGCUCGUCCGUAAACAAGCACGUUUACCGGCCAAAACGUGCACGAUUUUUACGUUUACAGCUGCUUGUAGCAAAAUAAUAGCGAAAUCAUUCAUAAGGUUCAGCCCGAUACACAACCAUGUACGAUUCGAACAGUAAACCAAACGCGAACCGUGGUAAAAAAUGGAACCGCAGCAAAUUUGUGCAGAAAAUGAAACGACACGGCCAACGCGGAGUCCAGCUGGAGCUGGACGAGUACAAGUACUUAUCCGCAAUACUGGACAACAUAACGCGCGACAAGGAAACCGAGGAGCGGCAGCUGAUGGCAAGCAACGUGAUGGGUCAGCUGAAGGGGAAAGAAAUCCGGACCGCGAUGAAUCUGGUCGGAAGCCGGGUGCUGGAAAAUCUGCUCGUGUACACCGAUGAAGAAACGUUCGCACCGCUGAUGGAUCUGUUUGCGGAAAACUUUCGCGUGUUUUGUGGCGACACAUUUGCAUCGCACGUGCUGCAGCGAGUGUUGAGCAUUGCGUUGCUACGAGCGGUUGCACCACUGCAAAUAAAGCAGGAACCAGAUACGGCGGAAGAUGAACAUGCCAGGAAGAAACAGAAGGCUGGUGGUGGUGGUGAGGGUUGGACCGAGAAAUGCAUAUGGCCGGGUGUGGAGUACUGUUUGCAGGAAGAGUACAGCGAACAGCAUCGGCAGCAGUGUCGCAAGUUUGUCGAGCGAAUGACCAAAUUUCUGAUGAACAAUCUGGAGGAGUUCGUUUCGGACUGCAAUGCCAGCCACGCGAUCAGGCAGGUUAUACUGCAUUUGGCCGGUAUUACGGAGAAGAAGGCGGUCGAAGGAAGCGAAUCGAAGCACCUGAUCGUACCGGAAGAGUGGCAAAAGUUGCUGCACGAGUUCGGGGAGCGUAUAUUAGCUUGGCCACAGUUUGUCGAUCUCGCGAGCACGGAAGUGACGGCGGUGUUGCUGCAGGACUUGCUGCGAGCCGUUGCGAUAACGAACGAUGAAUUUCACCUCAAGCAAUUCCUAUCCAAGCUCUACAAGGAAGUGUUUCGUCCCAACAAAAAGGAAACGAAAUACGAUCCAGAUUCGGAAACACAGCCGGACACAUCAAACCUACCGCCAUUGUUCACAAACUCAAGCAUGCUACGAGUGCUGGAGAUGUGCGUCGCCGUAGCUCCGGCGGAGUUUAUAAAGAAUAAACUUUACGCCAAGCUGUUCCGUAAUCACGUGAAACAGCUGGCCGUAUCGAAGACGGGUAACUUUGCCGUACAGAAACUGAUUGAUCACACCACCGAAAAGGACCUGAUGGAUCUGAUCUUCGCCGAGCUCGAGGACAGCCUGGAACAGCUACUUUCCAUGCGACACACUGGGGUGCUACUAGCGAUGGCCCGUGCAUGCGGUCGACUCAGCUGCCAGCAAGGAAAGUUCGUAAAGCUCCUGCUCGACGCCCUGCACUGCGGUGAAUCUACGCCGGAAAAAAUGAUUAUGGCCGUCCUUUGUCUACUUCCGGCCGAUGGAACAAAUGCUCCCGCCGAUUCACCCAACAUUCUCCUGCACGGUUCCCUCAUCCUACAGGCCAUCCUGUACUAUACCAAACCGAUUAAAUUCGUUACCGCGCUGCUCGGCAUGCCGAACGAUCGUUUGGCCGAAAUAUUUCUCGAUCAACGCGGUUCGUUCGUCGCGAACGCAUUCAUCGAGUCAAAGUUUGUGGGAGAAAAAUCGCGCGAAAAGAUGGUACGGCAUCUGGAGGGUCAGUACUCGCGGUUUGCGCUCAACAUUUACGGCUCGCGUGUCGUUCAGAUCAUGUUCGAAGCGGGCAGUCCGGAGCAGCGGGAAAACAUUGUGCACGAGCUGGCCGAAGAGUGUUUGGCGCAGCUCAACAACAAGGUUUGGAGUGCGAAGAUUAACAAGCAGCUGUUGGUCGAGACGUACAAGAACAAUCCGGCCCAGUGGAGAGUGUUGAUCAAGCGGGAUGUUAAGGUGACGCAGAUGUUCAACAAACUAGUGGAUGGGAAGAAGAGGAAAUUAGAGAGCUAAGCGGUUUCAGUAACAGAAGGAUGAUUGUUACAAGAAUCAUUGUAAAAAAUAAAUUCGAUCGUUACACAGACUAAACAAGGCGUUUGAAAAAG